AUGAAACUGCAUCAAGAGGUUUUACGUAAGAACACCAGGAAUGCAGCAUUACAGUGUACACUAAAUGAUUUACAACCAAUAAUGAAAUAUGUACAAACUGAAUACGAUUCAGAAAAUAACGACACUUUGAAGACAGUCGGCGGUUAUUUCGUAAAGAUGAGUUGGUUCCCAGAUGAGGAUGGGAUACGGCAAACGUUGGAUUUGCUACAUAAUUCCCAAUCAACUGACACAAACGUUCAAAGGGUUGUGCAUGAGAAACUAAAUGAGUUGAACAAUGUUCCUGAUUUUAACAAAUACCUAGCUUAUAUCUUGACAAAUGCAGGUUCGGAAAGUGACAGCACGCGUUCUCUUAGUGGACUCAUUCUGAAAAAUAAUCUGAAAAGUCACUUUAAGAGAUGCCCUCCUGAACUUAUUAGCUACAUCAAGGAUGGGUGUUUACGGUGCAUCAGUGAUAGUUCACCUAUGAUCAGAUCAAUUGUCGGAAUUCUUAUUACCACUAUUGUAACUAGUGACGGCAUACAAAAUUGGCCAGAGUUGCUUCCAAAGUUGGUGGAAUGUAUUGAUUCUCAUGAUAUUAAUCUUAUGGAGGGUGCUUUUGGCGCGAUCGAGAAAAUAUGCGAAGAUUCUUCAUCUCAACUGGAGACCGAUCGUAUUGGUUGUCCUAUAGGACUGCUUAUCCCGAAAUUCUUACAAUACUCUAGACAUGACAGUCCAAAAAUCAGGUCUCAUGCUCUUGCAUGCAUCAACCACUUCAUACAUAGCCAAUCUCAGGUUCUCCUACACUUUGUUAACGAGUUUCUGGAGUGUUUGUUCGCUUUAGCCGAAGAUGAAGAUCCAAAUGUCCGACGACAUGUUUGCUCUGCAUUUGUACAGCUUCUGGAAGCUCACUUGGAUAAAUUACUUCCAAAUUUACCUGACAUCAUUGAGUUUAUGCUUCUUCGCACUCAAGAAAACGAUGAAAAUAUUUCAAGAGAGGCAUGUGAAUUUUGGCUCUCGCUUUCUGAACAACCUGUGUGCCACCAAGCCCUGUCGCCAUAUAUCGGGCGACUUAUCCCAGUCUUAGUUUGUGGAAUGAAGUAUUCAGAAAGUGAUAUGGUGUUACUUCGAAAUGAUUUAGAAGAAGAUGCUCAUCUGCCUGACAAGGAAUGCGAUAUUCGCCCACGGUUUCAUAAGACAAAAAAUAAACUUUUCUCUCCAGAGGAUGAUGACGAAGAUGAAGACGACGAUUACGUUUCCAACUGGACUCUCAGGAAAUGUUCUGCUGCUGCCCUUGAUGUGUUGGCUAGUGUGUUUCACACAGAUUUUCUACCUAUUUUGUUGCCAAUCACAAAAGAACUUCUGUUUUCUCCUCAGUGGGAACUUAAGGAGUCUGGUAUUUUGGUUCUUGGUGCUAUUGCAGAAGGUUGUAUGAAGGGCAUGAUUCCAUACCUUCCAGAGUUAUGUCCGUUCCUGAUUGGUUGUCUGUCGGAUGACAGACCUCUCAUACGUAGUAUAACUUGUUGGACAUUAAGCCGUUAUUCUCAUUGGAUCGUUGGACAACCUCAUGAACAAUAUUUCAAGCCUUUAAUGAUUGAGCUCCUCAAAAGAAUUUUGGAUUGUAACAAACGUGUUCAGGAGGCAGCCUGUUCUGCUUUCGCUACUCUAGAAGAAGAAGCAUGUACAGAUCUCGUCCCAUAUCUGGACCUCAUCCUACGAACUCUUGUGUACGCGCUUAAACAAUAUCAACACAAAAACUUGUUUAUUUUGUAUGAUGCUAUAGGUACACUUGCAGAUUCUGUUGGUCAUCAUCUCAAUCGACCGGAUUUCAUAGAGAUGCUUAUGCCACCGCUUUUUGAGAAGUGGAACGUUUUACGAGAUGACGAGAAAGAUUUAUUCCCCCUUCUGGAGUGCCUUUCUAGCAUGGCUACUGCCCUAGGAACAGGUUUCCUACCCUACUGCUCUCCUGUGUUUAAUCGAUGUGUUAAUUUAAUUGAUAGAACAAUACAACUCAGUAAGCUACAUGCUCAACAACCAGAUGUAUAUGAACCACCAGACAAAGACUUUAUGGUGAUUUCUCUGGAUCUCCUAAGUGGGCUUAUGGAAGGUCUUGGGUCUCAGAUGGAACAUUUAGUAUCAAGUAGCCCCCUGGUAAAGUUACUAUGUGAAGCAGCUCAAGACGCUCAACCAGACGUCCGCCAGAGUAGUUUUGCUCUCUUGGGUGAUUUAACAAAAGCAUGCUUUGCGCACAUCCAACCUCAGAUUGGUCAGUUUAUGACAAUUUUGGCUAAUAAUCUCAGUUCGGAGCAUAUAUCUGUUAGUAACAAUGCUAUUUGGGCAAUCGGAGAAAUUUGUAUUCAAUUGGGUGAAGGGAUGGCACCGUUUGCUUCUUUGUUCAUUCAUCCCUUGAUAGAAAUUAUCAAUCGUCAAAGCACACCUAAGACACUCCACGAAAAUACUGCGAUAACAAUUGGACGUCUUGGUUUUGUUUGUCCUGGUGAAUUGGCUCCUCAUCUAAGCACUUUCAUUCGUCAGUGGUGUCUGUUUUUGCGCAAUAUAAGGGACAAUGAAGAAAAAGACAGUGCAUUUCGUGGUAUUUGUAAUUUGAUUACGCUCAAUCCUGCCGGUGUCUUGCAUGAUUUCCUUUUCUUUUGUGACGCUGUAGCUUCUUGGAAUAAUCCUAAAGACGAUUUAAAAGAGAGAUUUAAUGCUAUUUUACAUGGAUUCAAAGUCCAGGUUGGAGAAGAUGAUUGGAGUAAAUUCUGGAGUCAGUGUCCUCCAAUGCUUCGUGAACGGUUAUCUCUUCAGUACAAUCUUUGAGAUUUUUUGAUUUUUGAGUAAUGCAUGGUUUGGUCCUAAUUUUUGUUCGCGCCUACCCACUUUUACGUCGAUUCAAUGUUUUUACAAUUGGCCUUCGCGAUUUUUCCUCGAGUAUGGUUAACUAUCUUACAUCUGGCAUCCAGUGUUUUGAUCAACCAAGUUAACUGAUUCAUGUAAUGCGAUGAAAUUAAAAGAACGAAUAUCGCUUUAAUAAUUCUCCAGUCUGUAUGUUUCACCGUUGGUUCAAUCACUGCCGUAUAUAACGCCAUCCGUUGGAAAUAUCGCUGUCAGUUCUCCGUUUUCCUUAUUUUUCACUUGCACAUGUUUUUCUGAGUUUUUUUUUAUAGAUAUUUGACAUGUUUUUUUGGUAUGUCAAAGAGUGUUUGAACACAACAUGUUUUAUCUUUUAUUUUAAGGUAUUUCUAUAGUUUUCUCUACUGAACUAGCCUUUUAAUUUCAAAUAGUUCCAUGUCUACUUAUCUUCUACUUUUUUGUCUUGUGAUUCUUUUUUUACUUCUGAGAGUACUAGUUUGGGUGUUCAUAUAGGGCUAAGACUCGGGGAUAAUUAGGUUUAGUUGGGAUAGGGGAUUAAGGGUUAUAUUAGUCAAGUAGAUUAACAAUUAAGACUUUCCUUUGGGUAUUAAUAAAAAAUUUAUGGGAAUCAGGGAUUAGGGCACAUUCAUUCUCCCAACCGGCAUCUGGUUCGGAGUUAUCAUCUCUACUAAAUAUAAAUAGUAGAAUUAAGGGAAAAACAUUUACACAUCUUAUACUGUUGUACUUCUUUCAAUUUUUGUAUUCAACUAAGUGUUGUGUUGUACUUUAUUCUUUUGUACAUGUCGAUACCAUUUACUCUGUGAUCUUCAUUGUCGUAUACCGCUUAUAAUAACAGUAUUGUACAUUUUAAAUUUUUCCACGUUUUUAUGAUAUCGGUUCAUCUAAGAUUGUGUCAAAAACUAAGUGUUUCAUCAAUCAAAUAUCGUGAGUCACGUAUCUUUUAAUUUUUCAAACGGUUUUAAAUUUUGUGUUGUUUAUAUGUUAAAGUGAUUAUUCAAUCUAGAUAGGGAUGAAAUAAACAGAUGAGUUUUUUUAGUAGUUAUUUUUUAUCUAUUCAUGUUACUAUCUCGGGUUUUUAUGGACGUUUCAUACAGGGUGAGAAAUUUACGUAUGCUAUUUCAAAACUAAUAAAUCCAGAGUUUUUUGUAAGAAUCGUUAAGAAAUAAAAAUAGAUCCUUGGUUAAGACUCAAAGAUAACUUUCUAUAGUUUCGCAUGGUUGAACCAACACGGAAUUAAGUAUAAAAGUAGAGAUAUUUGUCAAUUAUGAAAUUGUUGGGUUUUUUUAGUAUACUAUGUAAGGUUCUCUCCACGCUAUCUAAUGCGUUUUCACAGUACAAAAACCUUAUAUACAGUAAUGGGUUUCCGUCAGCUAAUUAUUGAAAAAUGACAUUUCUCAAUUUCGUCGAUGAACAAUCGGUUCUUACAGAAUCAAGUUUGCUGAUAUAGGAGAUGGAUCUAUAGAAAGAUCUGUAGUCACUACUAACAUGUCCGGUAGACAAACCUAUUUAGUCCCAAUACCCUUACCUCUCCUGCAGCAUGGGAGGCGACCAUGCCUAUCCAACCAACUCUGUCCUGGGCUACCCUAUCCAUUUGUUUCCAACUGCCACUCCACUCUCUUGAUGCUUACCCCUGAUUUCCAGCGCAAUGUGUCCUUUGGUCUUCCUCUCUUCAUUACACUCAGGAUUCCACGUCAGGGUUUGCCUCGUUAUGCGGUCUGAUGAUUCCUGUAAUUUCGUGUCCGAGCCACCUCUUGCGUUUCUUCAUCCGGAUGCUGGUUUGCUCUCUCCCACAGUGAUCUGUUGUUGAUGGUAUCCGGCCAACGGAUCUGGAGUGUCUCGCGUGGACAAAUGCUUGUACUUUUUUGAUGAUGGUUGUGGUGGUUCUCUCAGUUUCGGCUAUGUACAAUAGGACUGUCUUGACGUUUGUAUUGAGGAUUUCGACUUUGAUGUUAGUUGACAUUUGUUUUGAGUUCCAUAUGUUCCUCAACUGUAGGAAUGCUGUCCUGAGGUUAGUUUAUUGAGGAGCUCUUCAAAGUGUUGCACCCGCCUGUUCCACUGUCCUUGAAUCUCUGAAUGGUAUUCCUUCUUUGUUCUUGACUGGUUUACUAUAUUCCCCCUCCAGCUUCUUCCUUGUUUUAUAUAGUUGUCUCAUAUCUUCUUCCAGCUUUUCCUGCUGUCAUUGCUAGGUCUUUCGCUUAUUAGCUGUGAUGGCCCUCUUCACUAUUGUGUUUGCCUCAGUGUUCGACCUGUGCUUUAGCUCGCUCUGCCCUUGUUAGGUUGUUGUUGUUGCCUAACCCCCUUUUUUAUCCGGACUUGGGGACCACCGGCAGUAACCAUAGAAGAGCUCUAGACGGAGUUAGGUACCGCAUCCAAAAAGUCACAAUAAUUGUGAGGGUAGGUCAUUUGGUUCUUUGUGGUCUUUGCGUUUUCGUAUAUCGUACAAAACGUAUUAGAAUGUCAACGUUUUCAUAUGGCCCGAUUGUGCUGUUCCAGUACUUUUGCACUCGAAUAUGUCUUUGUUUUAUCUUUGAGGGUUAUUGUAUUUUGAACUUUGGUUAGCGUAGUAAGUAACUAGCAUGUUUUGGUGACUGAGUGUCAAUAUGAGGAUCUUUUAAACUUAAGUUAAUAAAUUUUGUGUUAUGUGGCUACAUUCACAUGGUCUAUCUAAUAAACACACAGAUCUGAAUUUGUUAGCUUCGUGAUAUGAUGUAAAUCCCUGAAGGUCCCCAUAAGAAUGAUUUUUUAUUGAUUAUUUUACUAUUGUCGAUUGUGGAGAUUAAUGACAGGUGCGUUAAUGAUUUAGCACCAAGAUCUUGGUGAAACUCAAAGCUCAUGAAAUGUUAAGGUCUGUUUAUAUAAGUAAUACACUUGGGAAAACAUCCCAAGUAGACGAAUAAUAUUCAUUUGUAUAAUAAAUAGGUUGAUCCACUCGAUAACUUAUCUAAGAUAAAAUAGCUGGGUGCUAAAUCGAUCUAAUCUUAUUAUGAUUGCAGUGAUUCAAUGUAUUUGGCUUGAUGAGUUGGAUUCAACUACGUGUUACGUUCCCCACUGUCUGAUACUCCUAAUUUGCUUAUUUUACUCGACUUGUUCCAAAAUAAAAAAGGAUGAAAUUAGAGCAAAAUUUUCCGAAUAACCGGAACUCCAAAAAAUACAUCAUUAGUUUAGUAGUUUAUCUAGAACUUCCAGAAAAGGCCUGUAGUUUACUUCCGACUCAUUUAUCAGAAUUGAUUAAAAGCGGCUCUGUUAGAAUUUUUCGAUGUGAACUUGCAGUUUGUAUGCAACUGUCAAGAUUUUAUCUUGUUAGCACUGGUCACUGAGUUCACAGUUGAUGUGAUUUAAAGACGUAGUUUAGCUCCCUCGUUUAUUGAGUUCGAGGAACCCGACUGUCGGUAUUCCAAUCCAACCGACAAUUGUUGAGCAUAACAUUUUAAAGUUCCAAUACCCCUUCGCGUCUUUUCUUGUAUGAGUUAUAUGGUAUGUACGAUUUUCUGAAUGUAGUCGAUAACCUUUCAAUUCAUGUUUCUGAGGAUAUCAGUAAUGAUUUGUGUAAUCCGACUGUUCCACUCGUGUAGUUUUCGCUAUGAAAAUGCAUUUACCAAACUUGCACGACGUGCACAUAAUGGGAAACGCAAUCUAUUGUCAUUUUUAUGUGGGAAAUUUGAUGUUCAACAGUGGUUCUGUUGGUUGUUUUACUGACAGAAUGACUAGGAAGAUGCUUCCAGAUAAGCACACAUUAGCUGUCAAGUCUUUCUAAAGGAAUAAGCGUCAUCAGGAUUUCAACUUUAAAUGUGAACAAAUUCAUUAAGAUGUUUUUAAAAUGGGAUCAUGACUUGGCAUUUUUACCUUCAAGUAAUAGGAUAGAGAGAGGAUUUCGGAAGUGUGUAGACAAGCCGCAUCCUAAUGGUUACUUAUGCUUCAGCUGAAGAAAGAAACCUGAUACCAGGAGAUUCACUGAAGCUGGCUAUGUGUCCGUGUGUGUUUCGACAUGUUUGAUCUUAUGAAGGGACGCUCAGCAGAAGCACAAAUUAAUGAGCACCGUCGAAAUCGGAAGAAUCGCUUCAUUCUAAGGUUUACACGCUGGAAGCUUUGGAGCAGAACGAUACUUAAACCAUUCCGAGUGGUGUGACGAAGUUCUUGACAGAAUUGGACGCGUGCUACACAAAUUUUCGUAGCCUACUAACUAAAAUAUGGGAGCUUAAGUGCGUGGUGAACUCAAGUAGUCCUAAGUCCAGUGCCAAUUCAGAAACAUGGGUAACGUCAGAACUGUGUUCGAUCACGUGUGAAAGCCUUACAGAAUGUGACUUUAAUGCACCUUCCGUAAGUUGGAGAAAACUAGAAGUAGAUAUCAGAAGCAUCGGUGAUUUACAAAUAGUGACAUACUUGCUUACUUACGCCUCGUAGUUCUCAUGAAGGGGCAUAGGCCUCAAUACUUUCCAGUUUUUUCAAGCUGUUAUUCAUCUUAUUAAUGUCUGCUUCUAUUUCCUGACGUAAUGUGUUCUUUGGCCUUCCACUUUUACGUUUCCUUUCAGGAUUCCAAGUUAGGGCUUGCCUCGUGAUGCAGUUUCAUGAUUCGCGUAAUGUAUUCCUAUCCAAUUCCAUCGUCUUUUCCUAAUUUCGUUUUCAGCUGGAAGCUGGUUUGUUCUUUCCCACAGAAGGCUGUUGCUGAUGGUAUCCGGCCAAUGAAUGUUGAGUAUACUGCGUAAACAACUAUUUGUAAAUACUUGUACCUUCUUGAUGAUGGUUGUUGUAGUUCUCCAAGUUUCAGCUCCGCACAGUAGAACUGCCUUGAUGUUCGUAUUGAAGAUUCUCACUUUGAUAUUGGUUGAAAGUUGUUUUGAGUUCCAUAUGUUCUUCACUUGUAAGAAUGAGGCCCUUGCUUUGCCAAUCCUCACCCUCACGUCUGCAUCUGAACCUCCUUGUUCAUCGAUGAUGCUUCCCAGGUAUGUGAAGGAUGCUACAUCUUCCAGAGUUUCGCCGUCAAAUGUGAUUGGGUUGGUGUUCUCCGUGUUAUAUUUGAGGACCUUGGUUGUCCCCUUGUGUAUGUUGAGGCCUACUGAUGCAGAGACUGCUCCUACACUGGCUGUUUUUAUCUGAGUUUGUUCAUGUGUAUGCGAUAAUAAAUCCCGAAACUUAAUAGUUCUGUAAGUUUUCGACAUUUGAUGCUGACCAUAAUAGUUUUAAUCGACUCACCUCACUGAAAGCGCUCGAUCACGCAUCUGCACCAGAUCACAAAUGGUUACGCUAUGCUCAACUCCUCGUACAACCGCUAGCCGGAUCAGACCCGUCACUGCUCGAUAGAUCGUUGGCUUAUCAAAUACAUCUUCGAACCUCUUUGGUUCUGACUUUUGAUUUCACUUUUGACAAUUUUCGAUUCCUGGAGAUUUUACUGGCUAAAGUGUUGUCGAGCUCCAAAUACCUGUAGCAUCUUCAGUGGUAAACCCGGCAUGAUUUGCCACAUCCAUUUAUGAACUGUGAACCUGUUUGUAUUUGGAACUUUAUAUAUCGUUUCUUUAGUUUGAUUUUUAUAUAUUGUGAUUUUUUCAUAUUUUAGGUGUUUUUCUUCUCCUGGUUCAUUCCUGUACUUCAUAUUCACUAUGACGGAACGGACACCUAAUGUAGUUAAUUUAAAGAUAUAACUCCACCUUCAUUUCAAAUAAUGCCGUUUUAGCCAGACAAUAUCAAAGCCUGGUUCUGCUACGCAGAGGCUGACUUCUACAAGCACAGCGUAAACGACACACGUGCACAAUUCCUCUCAGUAGUCAAGGCACUACAGCACGUAUUUAACAGAAAUCCAGAUGAAUUGUAUGGAAACGUGUCAUGUAAACGUGAGAAACUUCGUAACUUAUACUCUCAUCAAACGUCCUCGCCGAUUCUACUUCAGGAAUCACAAAACAACUUUGAAUCACGAUCACACGAUAAUAUGGAGUCUAAAUUACAGAAUAUGGAUAGAACUACAGAAGGUAGUAGCGCUAGUAUCCCGCUUGACGAAAAUAGUUCAGAAAGUGAUGGUGUGUCUGUACUAACUCGGUCAAACUCAUUUCGUACUCAACAGUUAAAACGUGCUUCUGACAAUUGUAACUGCAGCUGCAAAAGUGUACUUAAAUUACAUGCCAAACCUUUAGUGGAUACAUUGCAUAUUUAUGCCGAUAAGCAUUCAACUGUACCAUACCUUGUCAGUCCUACUAAAGAAAAUGAAGACCUGUCCAAUCAAUCGUUUUAUAAAUUAUUAAGUGGAUUUCCUAAAAUAGAUUUAGAUGAACAUGAGGAGCGGAUUUUGCGCAAAAAGGCAUUAAGCGUAAUGAGACAGCUUUCAAGCAAUCCCUCCUCUGGUCUAUCUCCCAUACAUGUUCCUGAAUCUCAUUCACAAAAUAUUGAGGAAAGACAGAGACGUCGUCUUGCACAGUUAGUUCAUUAUGAUCGUCAAAUUGAAAACCUCAGAAAACAAAGAGCAAGCGAAACCAUCGAGAGGCGUAUCCGGGGAGAAGCGAGAGAGAGAAAAUUCCAAUUAAUUAGAGCUCGGAAAUAUUUCGACGAAUUUGUCCGUGAAUUCCGUCUGAAAAAAAUUGCCAAGGUUAAUACUGAUGAAAAGAUAUUUCGACAGUUUUUUCAGCAACUGAUUCAAAAGCAAAAAGAAUAUUUUCUUGAGGUAAAAAAACUAGAACGUGAAGAAAAUCUCCAGAAAGAAGAACAAAAAAGGAAAAUCAUGGAAUCGUUAGAACAUGAACAUCGUAUUCGCUUAGAAUUAAUGAAUGAAAAGAUAAAUAAAGAAAGAGAAGAACAAUCGAUUCGUAUGCGUGAAGAACAAAAAGUUCUCAGAGAAAAUAAACGGAAAUUACGCCAACAACUGGAAAUGAAUCUACGCGAAAUGCAGGAAGCAUUUUUAAACAAUCGAGACAGUGUUCAUUUUAGGGAGCAAGAUGCUAAAAUGUUAUUAGCAUCAAAUAACAAUUUUUUAUGUGACAUUAAACGAACCAUGUAAAUAGUAAAGACACGUUUUUGUGUUGAAAUAAGUAAUUUAUAUUAUAUACCUUUCCAUUAUUAACUUUUUGUCAACAGCUAAAAUUAACUGUGAUCAAGUGCAUGACGUCUAUUAUUACUUCAUAUUCUAAUAGGCAGUUGAGAUAUUCAAAAAUGUAGGAAGACUAAACGCAAAACCUUGUUUAUCGUAAUUUUGUAUCCUUGAAUAAUUAUAUUC